CUCAAAGCCCUAAUUUUUUCUUCUCUCACCAUGAAGCUCGUUAGGUUUUUGAUGAAAUUGAACAACGAAACAGUUUCAAUUGAGCUUAAGAACGGAACCAUUGUUCAUGGAACCAUUACAGGUGUAGAUGUUAGUAUGAACACUCAUUUAAAAGCUGUGAAACUCACUCUGAAAGGGAAGAAUCCAGUUACAUUAGACCACUUGAGUGUGAGGGGAAACAACAUUCGCUAUUAUAUUCUUCCAGACAGUUUGAAUCUCGAGACUUUGCUGGUUGAAGACACUCCAAGAAUCAAACCCAAAAAGCCAACUGCAGGUAAGCUUCCGCCAGGUCGUGGACGUGGCCGUGGAAGAGGUCGUGGACGUGGCGGCCGUGGUGGUCGUUAAGCAUUUUGCAGUGAUCAAAAGUUUGGUCCUUUUUGUUUUGUAACAGCAGGAUUGUAAAAGAUCUAUCUUGUAGUGAGAUUUGGUGUCAUUAAGACAAAUUCUUGUUAUCUCUUAAGUUUUCAUGAUUUUGAGAUUUGAUACGUUAUUGCCAAACGCCCAGCUCUCAAUAUCG